CCGCCGCCAGCAGGAGGGAGGGGAGAGCGAGUGGGGGCGGCAGCCUGCAGGUGCUUUUGUGUGUGUGGUGGGCGCGGGGACUGGCGUGAGGGGUGAUUUUCCCUGUGGUACCCAGGAGUUGUACGCGUGCGUUUAAGGGCCCUUAGGAAAGGCCUGUAUGGUCUCUGGGCUGGUACGUGGCUAAUGCGUCCCAGGGCUUGAAGCCCCCAGGAGUGUGUGUUGCUGUAGAAAGGCCUAUACAGAGAUGGCAAGCGCCUGAAGGCCUCCGUUUAUGUCGACGUGGACAAUGAACCAGCAGGAUAUGGAGCAAUCAAAUCAGAAUCAGCACUGUGAGCACCUGUGUCUUCCAAGAUAAAUAGACAUGAACGGCAGUGACUAGUAAAUGAAAGUCUGUAGGAGAGGGAUGGGAAACAAAAGAUGCAGAACAGCAGUUGCAUUGAAAGAAAAGCAUAUUGAGAUGGACCUGAAGUGGAAUCCUGGCAGAGAUUCUCAUCCAGCCUCAGCUGCAGUCCGGGUGACUGAUUUGAGUUGGCGAGGCAACCUAAAUCCCAGUCCACUGAUUAAAGAUGAUGGAGAGCUACUUAUGGAUGAAUACCUUCCCCCAGGAAACUGUAGGAUAGCUUUUGCAUCCCACGGCCUAUCGGUUCCAAACUCUUCAAGCGUGUCCUCAGCAUCAGCAUAUGGAAGGACAGUGAUUUUCACAGAGACUCUUGGAAAAGCAAAACAGGGAAGUGGGGACCGAGAACACAUGGAGUCUGUCGCAUCUGAAAGUUUUGACAGGGGUAGAUGAUCUGCACCAAGUGAAGGCCCUAGAGAUGCGAGUAGAUACAAGAGAGAACAGCUUGGGAAACUUCGGUGCCUAUCUACCUAAUCUGAGAGAACUGAAGUUGAACAAUAGCUUGCUUGUGUCUGUGAGGGAUCUUGGAACCACAUUGUCCCAUCUCCGUGUCCUGUGGAUGGCUUGCUGUGGGCUCUCAGAUCUAGAUGGGAUCUCCUCCUGCAGCUCUCUAAAAGAACUCUACAUAGGCUAUAACAAUAUCUCUGACCUGAGCCAGCUGACCUGGUUGGAUCACCUUGAGGUUUUGGACCUGGAAGGGAACAAUAUUGAGGAUAUCAACCAGAUGCACUACCUGGGACUUUGUUGCAAGCUCACCCACCUGACAGUGGAGGGCAACCUUAUUUGUCUGAAGCCAAAUGCAGAAUCUGCAGAGGAACCAGAUUAUAAUUACAGAGCUGAAAUAAAAAAACUCAUUCCCCACUUGAAGUAUUUGGACGAAAUACCAGCAAGCCAGACUGCUCUCCUUCCUUCCAAGAAGAUGCACGAGGAUUGGCGAAUCAUCAAGGAAUCCAUCAAGGAAGAUCCGUAUCUUGGGGCACUAGCAAGGCAGUCUGGAUGCGGCCCAAGAUCCCCAACAACUUCAAGACCUGGAAGUGCUCAGCAGUCUGCUAAGACAAGAAGAUGUAGCAAUGCCCAACUCUUAGACCGUGACUGUCCUCUUCCAGAGCACACUGUUUCUGGCGAGCUGUUCACAGACGAUAACGCCAGUGAUUUGACACAUGGACUCAGUCAAGUUAUAUGUGGGAACCCCACCAAGGCACUUCGUGCAAGGAAGCAAAAGCUGGGUCCACCUGCAGUGAGGCCUUUGAAACUGUGUGGUCUGAGGACGGAAGACCUUUACAGCUCUGGAGUAGGAGGAGACCUGCAGCAGGAAGAUGUGUUCUCUGAACCCAGAGAGCAGCACAGAAGGUGCCUGCAAACAGGUCAGCAAGAAAAAGCUUCCCGAGCACUGAAGAUAACUGGUGGUGAUAAGGAAGAGGGUGAAGUCUGCAGCCUGACUGACAGCUGUGAAGAAGCCUUGAGGAAGACCAGUGAUGAGCACCUCAUUGAAAGGAUUUCACUUGAUUCUUCUUGCCACUCCUGUCUGUCCCAGUCUUCCUCAGGUUUAUCACAGGCUCAGGAAGGUGCAGUGUUCUCCAACCUGAACUUCUGUCUAAUUCCAUCCCCUCCAAAAAGCCCUUCACCUGCGUCUGUAACGGGUGUUGCAGCAAGACCCUGGAAAACAAGGCGCCACAGGGUAAGAUGCCUAAAAAUACCCAGCCAAGAGGAGGACAGGCAGUGGACACAGCGAUGCCAGUCAAGGACUCAUCAAGAAACUUCAGCCCAGCCUCUGGGCAAGGAACUUGCUCCACUGAGCCAGCCCAGCGUGCCGGCUGCCUCCGGCUCCCGAGGGCAGCGCCAGCCUCCUGGGAGCACUGCCUGGCAAACAUCUAUUUCAGGACCAGCAGCUGUUGGAUCCAUGAGCAUCAGGCCCAUUGUGGGUGAGAGCCCUCCUGGAAAGAUGAACCACCACAAGACAGCUGUCUGCUCACCCCCAAAAGCCUCAGAGAGGCUGGAACUGAUGAACACUGCUUGGCCCCUGACGGCCAGGGCCAUGCUGCAGUCACUGCCAGACAAACCCGCUGCCUCAACAACAUCUCAGAACAAAAGUACCAGGUCCUAGAAGAUACCCAGGUGGCAGCGUGUAUUGGGGCACAGUCUGGAAGCACCGAUGCUAUCUUUCAGCUGCUUCUGCAAGCUAGACACAGAGCUGUGCAAGUAGAGCAGUUCAAACAAAUGACAUGAUUUGCCUCAAUUAAGGCUACAGCUGCUCCAGAAAUACUUGCUUUAAAGAGCACCCGCUGAUCAACAGAAGAGCUAAUCAAACUCUUAUUACAGAAAAGUGUGGUUAUUUUUGCAGCCUUCGUGCACUAAAACAGAACAAGUCCUAACGUAUUUCCUCCCAUCCACACCAUGCCCUGCUCUGUGAGUCAGGCAGGGACACUGACCCAGACAGAGCACGGAGCCUGCAGUUUGUGGAGUGCCUGGAGGAUGUGAGGGCCAUGGGGUGCCCCGCCCCACCCCCAGCAGCAGCCCCUCCACAUAUCUUUUGCAGUCCUGGAUGUUUAACAUACGAGGGACAAAGCCAAGGGCUGGAGAGGAAGAAGAGCCGGGAAGGCUGGGUGGUUUCAGAGCUUAUGCUCCCACAGGAGGUCACCUCGUUCCCAGGCAUCCAAGGUCCUUGUUGCCUGCAUCUCUAUGGCAGUGAAUGCUGACCAAGUGGCUCAUCCCAAUACUAACAUCUGUGUUUGCUUUGUAGCUACCUGGAAGGAUUUCUCUUGCUCCCUGUGGAGAGACUGGGAUUGCGUUAGCAGAGCUGACCUCUUUGAGCAGGUGUCAGAGCAUCCCCUGCCUGCACCUUUAGAGCCGAGCGUCCCCCGUCUAGUUUUUUAGGUCAAAUAGACUUUCCAGUUUCAUACAACUGAAUAACUCCAAGUAAUGCUGCAGAAAAGACAAGGCAGGGAAGUAAGGGUAUAAUCUCUUGUUUUUCCAAUAGGACAUUUGCUUGAUAAUUGAAGCCAUCUACUUCUUCCUUCCAUUCUUCACCAACGGGAUCUCCACGUAACGCCAUGAUGUUCUUCAUGCUUUAUUUGCUUUAUGUUCGGGUGAGAUUCCAAACAUCUGUUUUAGUGACUGCAGACUGUGAGAUGCUGAUCCAAAUGAUGGUGCCUUACAACUUUAUUGAUGUUGCAGUCUGAAAUGAAGCACCAUCACAUUUUUUUCCAGUUUAAAUUACUACGCUAGCUAUAUAUUUUUAAAUCAGUUGAUAAAACAGUAAUUACAUGAUGAGUUAAUGAAUUGGUUUCUGUCU